AGAAGGGGGCAUGACUCGUGCAACUUGCGGCGGGCAUCUGCCGAGCCUCUGAGCCGGCGGCGGCCCGGGGCCCGGAUCGCGGCCGCGCCGAUCGCACCCAGCCCAACCCGCCCCGGCCGACGGCGGCUUGCUGACCUGGAUCCGCGGAGCGCCCGCCGGCCGCCGACCACCCGCCUUCGUCUUCCGGGCUGCUUUCUGGAGCGCGAGGGGCGCUCUCCCCGCCGGACCCUCGGCCCCCGAUGGCUCGGAUGGGGCUUGCGGGCGCCGCUGGACGCUGGUGGGGACUCGCUCUCGGCUUGGCUGCCUUCUUCCUCCCAGGUGCCCACACACAGGUGGUGCAGGUGAAUGACUCCAUGUAUGGCUUCAUUGGCACGGACGUGGUACUACACUGUAGCUUUGCCAACCCACUGCCCAGCGUGAAGAUCACCCAAGUCACGUGGCAGAAGGUGACCAAUGGUACUAAGCAGAAUGUGGCCAUCUUCAAUCCAGCCAUGGGUGUCUCAGUGCUGGCUCCCUACCGCGAGCGUGUGGAAUUCCUGCGGCCCUCCUUCACGGAUGGUACCAUCCGCCUCUCCCGCCUGGAGCUGGAGGAUGAGGGUGUCUACAUCUGCGAGUUUGCCACCUUCCCUACGGGCAAUCGUGAGAGCCAGCUCAACCUCACUGUGAUGGCCAAGCCCACCAACUGGAUCGAGGGCACCCACACUGUGCUCCGUGCCAGAAAAGGGGGCGAUGACAAGGUCUUGGUGGCCACAUGUACUUCAGCCAAUGGGAAGCCCCCCAGUGUGGUGUCCUGGGAGACGCGACUGAAGGGAGAGGCGGAAUACCAGGAGAUCCGGAACCCCAACGGCACGGUGACUGUCAUCAGCCGCUACCGUCUGGUGCCCAGCAGGGAGGCCCACCGGCAGACCCUGGCCUGCAUCGUCAACUACCACAUGGAUCGCUUCAAAGACAGCCUCACCCUCAACGUGCAGUAUGAACCUGAGGUAACCAUCGAGGGCUUUGACGGCAACUGGUACCUGCAACGGAUGGACGUGAAGCUCAUAUGCAAAGCCGAUGCCAACCCCCCGGCCACCGAGUACCACUGGACCACGCUGAAUGGCUCCCUCCCCAAGGGUGUGGAGGCCCAGAACAGAACCCUCUUCUUCAGGGGUCCCAUCAACUACAGCCUGGCUGGGACCUACAUCUGUGAGGCCACCAACUCUGUUGGCACCCGCUCUGGCCAGGUGGAGGUCAAUAUCACAGAAUUUCCCUACACCCCAUCUCCUCCCGAGCAUGGACGGCGUGCCGGCCAGAUGCCCACGGCCAUCAUUGGGGGCGUGGCGGGGAGCGUCCUGCUGGUGCUGAUUGUGGUCGGCGGGAUCGUGGUAGCCCUACGGCGGCGCCGGCACACCUUCAAAGGCGACUACAGCACCAAGAAGCAUGUGUAUGGCAAUGGCUACAGCAAGGCGGGUAUCCCUCAGCACCACCCUCCCAUGGCGCAGAACCUGCAGUACCCUGACGACUCUGAUGAUGAGAAGAAGGCUGGCCCACUGGGUGGCAGCAGCUAUGAGGAAGAAGAGGAGGAGGAGGGCGGUGGAGGGAGUGAGCGCAAGGUGGGUGGCCCCCAUCCCAAGUACGACGAGGAUGCCAAGCGGCCCUACUUCACUGUGGAUGAGGCUGAGGCCCGCCAGGAUGGCUAUGGGGACCGGACUCUGGGCUACCAGUAUGACCCUGAACAGCUGGACUUGGCUGAGAACAUGGUUUCUCAGAAUGAUGGGUCUUUCAUUUCUAAGAAGGAGUGGUACGUGUAGCCCUCUUCCAGAACCUCUGUCUGUGCCCACUGCUUCCCAGCCCUACCCGCACGCCCCCUACCCUCCUCCCAUCCUGCCCUCGUCCCCCACUCCUCCUGGAGCUCCACAGAGACUGGUCCCAGCUCCCAGCGAGCAGCCCAGUGCGGAGGACUUAGCUUUGGUUUAAUCCCCACCUCUCCCCAGCCCUCCCCAUGGUGUUGUGUUGACCGUGGCUUUGGUGUUUCUGUAUUUCCCCUCUGAAGACCCCACCCACCCUCUGUGUAGGGAGCCCCUGUUCUCGUCUUGUGUUACCUGGAUGCCCCUCCAAAGCUGCGGGAGCCAUCCUUCCCCAACCCUCACCCCUGCCGCAACACUGGAAUUUGUGUUUUCUUCUCUAGGGGUGCAGGGCUAAGAGGGCACCAGAGGAAGAGCCCUGCCCCAACCCCAAAUGCUGCUCCUUCUCCUAAGGGAGAAGGACCCCUCUCUCCCCAACCACCAUCAGCUGGCCCCAGUUUUGACAGCCAGUGCACAUACAGGGUGGGGGGACUACUUAUCUAGAGUCCCCAGGGGAGUCUCACUUUUUAGGAAGGGCCUAGGACCUUGAGGAGUGUGUUCACCUGAUGAGGUUGAUUUCACAUCAUGUAUUUCUUGGCCUAUGGGUAGUCCGGCUGGACCAGCUCUGGCAUGUUACACUCUACUCCAUUGCUCCCCUUCCCCCCAACUGGGGCUCCCCGUGGACCCUGUCCACACAGCCUCUGCCAGCUCAUGCUCACAUGCACCUGCAAAUGCCUCACUCACUGUCAGAGCCUACAAACACUGCCCAAGGCCUGUCCUAUGCUCUCCCUCUUCCCCACUGCCCAGCAGAGGAUGGG